AUGCCUGCAAACACCACUAGCCAGAAGAAGCGCAAUGCCUAUGCAGCGGUCGCUGUAGAUCCUGACACCGGGUACAGCACUCCAGGGGCAUUUGAGCUGGAGAGGUUGUUUUGGCAUGGAGCAGCCAAAUUCACACAUGUCAAUGAAGUUUUCCCCAAUCUUCACAUUGGAGAUGAAAAAACUGCUCUGGACCGCUAUGGUUUGGAAAAAAGUGGCUUCACACACAUUGUAAACGCAGCACAUGGGCGCUGGAAUGUGGAUACUGGAACAGAAUACUACAGUGAUAUGCCUAUUGAAUACUAUGGGGUAGAAGCAGAUGACUUGCCCACCUUUAACCUGAGCCAGUUCUUCUACCCGGCAGCGGAAUUCAUCCACAAGGCCCUGAGCAACCCCAGCAGUAAGGUGCUUGUGCACUGUGCAAUGGGACGCAGCCGCUCUGCUUCUCUUGUCCUUGCAUACUUGAUGAUCUAUGAGAAGAUGACCAUAGUUGAUGCCAUAGCUCAAGUCCUGAAGCAUCGCUGCAUUCUUCCCAACCGGGGCUUCCUGAAACAGCUAAGAGAACUGGACAUUCAGCUAGCACUGGAGAGAAGAGAAUCACGUACUACCACAAAUGGGGCUGAGGAGGAUCAGUAA